UAUUGGCCAGUUGAGUUCCUUAGUCUGUGCCCUGGCACUCGGCCACCAUGUGCGGGAGGAAGUCACAACCUUCGAGCAAGGGAGUCUUCCCUGCCCUAGACUAGGCUAGAGCAUUCCCAGUUAGCUCAGUUCUCUUCCUUGGUCACUUUUCCACAGGAAAACCUUGGAAAGAUAGCGGUGUGUUUGGCUGGUAUAGUAUUUCACCGCCGCUUCGCCUGGGAAGCAACGAACUCAAUGCCGAUCGAGAACGUGUUCGAUGAGACAAAUACUUCGCGGGAGAUGGUCGAGCGACCAAGGGACGACGUCUCAUCGACAUUGUAACGCGGACGAAGAUAACCCAGUACGAACUGCAACCUGUCCGCUGACUGCCAUUGUUGCCCAGUCUACGCGGAAUUUUCGGCGACAAAAUUAAUGUUGUAUUGCUCCAAGGUCAGAGGACGACGAAACAGCACCCACGCCCGUGUGUUGACCCAGCCGGCAACUGCUUGGCUGGGUGCGGAUCGGUUGGCCUGAGGCAACGGCAUGGCUCUAUUCCCAGUGGGAGUAGCCGGGCCACUGGCCAAGGUCCGCUUCAGUGGGUUUGAGGCAACAGCGAAGGACAUCCCGUACGGAAACCUCUUCAACUACUGGUUUGUCGACGGGCCUCGUUUCAACUGGCGGGGUAUGAAUGACGCGGCGUGGUACUUUGCGGAGCGUGGCGGCAUCAACGCCGACCCAAAGCGAGUGUUCUGGGUGAACUACGGCUACAAGGCCAUUGUGGUGAACGACUAUGUAGCACUGGAGAAUCUGCUGUCGGGUGUUGCGUAUGUUGGCAGUGGAGGGGUACCGGACACUCCGUUAGUUGAUGGCCAAGAGGUACUCAACACCGCAGUGGCACGACUACUGCUUGAAAGAGAGGCAGCCAUUGGUGCCUGCCCAAUUGAUAUGGCGUUCUUCAAGACGACGCGUGCACCUCUGAACUACCUCAACAACUCGGAUCAUGACCAGCUCAAGUCGUACUUCUGUUACAGGACGCAAUCAUUGUUUGCUCAACUAGCCGAUGUCAGAUUCCCUGCAACAACUGAUAGUCAGAUACCACAGACAAUUAGAAAUUUUCUCCAUGAUAUUCCUGCAUCAAUGGUCCAAUACAGCAGUGUGGAGUAUCUGAUGAAUGUGCUGUCGGUCCAGAUCAUGAUGCAUUUGAUGGUUGCUGGAAAGACGCAGCAGCUGGACUUGUACCAGUAUUUGGCGGACCGCGUGGAGCUUGGCUCUGUGAAGUGCCCACGGUCUGGCAGCAGCUACUCUGAACCGUCAUCUUCAACACGGUCAGAGCAGGUGGACGCAAUGCGGCAAGUGCGAACGCUCGUCUCCGCCAUGUGGAAGGACGACAUCCUGACGACUUCACCCAUUCAGCUCGAUUUGGAAAUGGGGCAAGAUGGAAUACUAGAGGAAGUGAUUACGCAACUUGCCUACAUCCUGACACACCACGUUGUCAUUCCGUUACGCUCUGUUCUGACGAAUAUCGUAGCUCGGUUCUAUCUCGACAGCGCAAUGCAGCGACAGGUUGCCAAAGAUGUCAAGGAUGUUGCGGAAGCAUCGACCGAUGGCUGGCUAACUGUGGCUGACAUACUCAACAAUCACACCACAUCUGCCCGCGUUGCUGUGGUGGAUGAGGUUCUUCGCGUACAUCCGCCUCAGCAGUUGAUCUUCUUCCGAGCACUAGAGACUUUCUACCUGCCCUCGAGUGAUGGCUACUACAAAGUGACUAAAGGUGAUCGCCUUAUUGGCAACUUGCACUCAGCACAGAGAGACAACGCCACGUUCGGUAUUCCAUCGUCCAAGCAUGCAACACACAGACCACGCUGUGACGAGUUUGACAUCACAAGGUUCAUGGAUAACAGCGCACAUGUACCGCUGUUCAAAAGGCUACUCGUGUUCGGAGGGAACUAUACCAGCGUGACCAAGGGCCGCGACACGGAUCACUACUGCCCAGCUGUUGAUUUCGUGCGUUCAACAGCCAAGCUCUUUGCUAGUCAGUUGUCACAGUGCUCCUAUUCACUGAAGACCAAGCCGUACUGGUCUGGAUACCGAGCAGAGGGCUUGCCGGACAGAUCGCCAGAGUUCGAAUCGUUCCAGUUUACAGGACUGUUCGUCACCUAUUCAGAGACACUCGUAGCAGAGACGGAGCCUGAGCCCGUGUUUGGGACUGAGCCUGUGUUGGGGACUGAGCCUGUGUUUGCGAAUAGGAUACCUGCAGUGUGGACAGGUAUUGAGCAGCCGUACGAUGAGCGAGCUCGCAUCCUGCUAGAGCUUCUUGAGCUGCAGGAUGUAGAGCUCACCAGAAAGGAGCAGAGUGCGGAGGACAAGAAGAAAGACAAAGAGGAUGUCUUGCUUGCUAAAGCCCAGCGUGAUGUUGCCAGGAAAUGUUUGCUUGUGCUACUUCUCAUCCAGUUGACUUCUUAUUAUGACUUUGAAGCAAUGAAGAAUCACAGAGCAGUGAAGAAUCACAGAGCAAUGAAGAAUCACAGAGCAGUGAAGAGGAAGAACAUGACGACAAGGUGA